AUGCAGAGGUCCUUCACCUGCCUCCUGGAGCAAAGCCAGAGCCACAACUCUGACCUGGCUCUCAGUGCCUCCUACCUGGAGAUCUACAAUGAGCAGGUCCGGGACCUGCUGAGCCCAGGGCCACCGUGUGCCCUGCCCCUGCGGUGGAGCAAAACCCACGGCUUCUAUGUGGAGAACCAGCUCAGCGCGGACUUCGAGAGCCUGGAGGCCAUCACUGACCUGCUCCUGCAAGGAUCCCAGAGACGACGGACCUCAGCGCAUGCCCUCAACAAGCACUCGAGCCGCAGCCACGCUCUUCUGACCAUCCACAUCCGCAGCCGGGCUCCCAGCGCCUGCCCCAGCAAGCAGGGCACACUGUGCUUCGUGGACCUGGCCGGCAGCGAGCGGGUGAAGGAGACUGGCUCCAGCGGGGAGCUCUCCGUGGAGGCCAACAAUAUCAACCGCAGCCUCCUGGCACUGGGUAAGAGGAAACGGACACACAUUCCCUACCGGGACAGCAAACUCACCCGGCUGCUGGCCCAUUCCCUGGGUGGCUCGGGCAUCACCCUGAUGGUGUCCCGGGACAAGCUGCUGCAAACCUUGGAGGAAGAAAUCCAUGCCCUGCAGCUGGAAAACCUCUCCCUGCGCCAGCAGCUGUGCCUGCCCAGGGCGCUGCCAGGGCCCCCCGCACCGCAGCCAGUCCCCCCUGUUCUGCCACCCAGCCAGGAGGACACAGCUCUGCCCGGCUCCCAUCAGCUCCCCAGGCACCUCCAGCUGCACCAGGGAAAGCGGUGA